GAGAUGUUGCGUGGGCGCCUACUCCGGCUAGCGGAGAGACGGCUUGACACAAGAAUUGCUUAUAGGCGUUACCAUAUGGUCGAUUCGGGACGCUGUUUCGCCUGACACUCUUUACAGUGAAGAUGACUGGUGGAGGAAUUCAACGAAGCUCGGCUAACCAAAUGUCGUUCGAUGAACGCAGAUCGAUUAGGAAAUCUUUCAGUCAGGAAUUAAACGAAUUAGGCCCAGCAGAUGAUGAGCCUUUGAAAUUGACACAAAAAAUUCCCAAGAGAUAUAUCGUAGCUGCAUUAGCUUUCUUAGGCUUCUGUGAGUAUAAAUGACUUUAUUAUUUUUCCCUGGAAAAUACAGAAGGGAGAACACAAACCUCACAGUUUAAAAAGGGUCAAUUAAUUUUUUUCACCCUUUUGUUUUUCAAACCCCUUUUUUUAUAUCUUUGUAAAUAUUAGUUGAGCUUAAGUAAACAAUUUUUUUACAUAUUCUCCUCAAAUCUUCGUUUUCCAAUCCAAUUUUCUUCUCCGUCCUCUCCUACUUACAACGUCUUUCUCUGCUUUCCCCUUUACGCUCUCCCAGUUAAUGAUGCGGGUAGAAUGUUAAAUAGGGAUGGGUACGAUAAAUUUAAUAGUGAAGUGGUUGGAGUGAAUUUAUCAAAGAUUUAAAUAAGAAUACGAAUAAUUCCCAUAAACAGGUAACAUCUAUGCUCUACGUGUGAAUCUUAGCAUUGCCCUGGUUGCAAUGACAGACAACGAGACAGCCAUAGUCACAGGGAGCGUCAUACACGUUUCAGAGUUCAAAUGGAGCAAAAAAGUUCAAGGCUAUGUGCUGUCGUCAUUUUUCUGGGGUUAUAUUAUCACUCAACUACCCGGUGGUUACCUUGCCACUAAGUAUGGUGGAAAGAAUCUUUUUGGUGGUGGUGUUGUUCUUACAGCUAUACUCGCUUUGAUCAGUCCUCCGUCUGCAAGAGUUAACGAGAAAUUUUUUAUAACUAUACGUAUUCUACAAGGAUUAUGCGAGGGUGUCACCUAUCCCGCAAUACACGCUGUUUGGUCGAAAUGGGCUCCACCUUUAGAACGUACGAAGUUGGCUACUUUUGCGUUUGCAGGCUCUUAUGUCGGAACUGUAAUUGCUAUGCCCUUAAGUGGUGUGAUAGCUGAUAGAAUUGGAUGGCCUUGGAUUUUUUACAUAUUUGGACUCUUGGCAAUUGGUUGGUUUAUACUAUGGUGCGUUUUUGUAAGUGAGUCACCAGCUAAACAUCGAAGUAUAUCCACCGCUGAACUGGAAUAUAUUCAAGUCUCCAUUGGUUACAGUCCUCUGCAAAUUCAAAAUCAAAAACCUCCAAUAAAGAGCAUACUGUUGUCGAUGCCCGUUUGGGCGAUAGUUGUCGCACACUUUACGGAGAAUUGGGGUUUCUAUACUCUACUUACGGAACUGCCGACAUACUUGAAAGACUUCAUCCGCUUUGACUUAUAUUCGGCCGGUUUCGUUGCUGCUCUACCGUACUUCUUGAUGGCUAUCGUAGUCAUGUUGGGAGGUCAAUUGGCUGAUUACAUAAGGUCAAAGGGUCUGCUCAAGACAACUCCAACACGAAAGCUUUUUACAGGAAUAGCUUUUAUCGGCCAAGCUGCCUUCAUGAUAGCAACGUCGUACUGUACUAGUAAGGAAUCAUCUGUCGCUUGUCUCACUCUAGCUGUUGGGAUAGGAGGUUUAGCAUGGUCAGGUUUCUCUGUUAACCAUUUGGAUAUCGCCCCUCAAUUUGCCGGCCUACUUAUGGGAAUUACAAAUACGAUUGCCACUAUACCGGGUAUUGCCAGCCCUAUAAUAACUGGUGAAGUAAUACCUCAUAAGGCUACAACUGAAUGGAGAGCAAUCUUUUUUACAUCGGGAGGCAUCUACCUAUUUGGAGCGCUGUUCUUUACCAUUUUUGCUUCCGGAGACCGACAGAGCUGGGCAGAGACCCCUGAGGGUUACGAACCACAAUUUGAUGCUGUAAGUGAAACAGAAACACUUCCAUAAAACGGAAAGAAAGAUGAUAAUGCUGAAAGAUUGGAAGAAUCGACAAAAAUUUCUUGGCGUUGUAAUCCUCUCUGCAUCUGUUUACGCUUUCGAUAUUGGAGAAAUACGGAUAAUCAUCUCAAAUGAUUGUCCUUCCCAUACAUAAUCCUCCCCUUAUACAAUGGUGUUUUCGGGCUUUUAAAUACCGUGUAAAUUAUUCUGCUACCAAAACAAAAAAUCUGACUGUCUUCACCUAAAUCAAAAGUGAAAAAACUCUUUAUUUUGAUUGAAAAUAUGUUAUUUGUGUUGUUUUCUCCCUCAAUGUUGUACUAUAAGGAAGUUUCAAAUAGGAAAAAUGCGCCAUCUAGAUUUUUCCAGUGAAUAAAAUAAAUAUAUCGAUCGACAUUAAAACGAGACUCCUUCUCUCUCUCUCUCUUUGUUGUGUGAUUUAUUAAAAAUAGAAAAACUGAAAUUGCACCUAUAAAUUAACAUUAGAAUAAUCUCGUUGAAACAAGUAAAUUCUUUUAACAUUUAGAUUGAUUUGAGAAAUGGUAGCAAUCAAAUUAUCUUUUGUUACAUUUAAG